GUUACACCCCCUUCGGUAUAGCUGUUGCCAUGAGCGACUGGAUGCAAACUCUGCAGUACGGGAGUUUAGUACAUCAGUGGGAUCAGUGAACGAGGGGUUUGGAGUGUAAGAAAGGCCUCAGGCGGAGAGAUACCCAGACACCUGACUGUGACAGGAGGGGGACGAGGUGGCCAUGCCGAAGAAGGGAGGGAAGAAAGGUGGCGGGGGGAAGCUAGCGGCGAUGACGGAAGAGGAGAGGCUGCUCUUCACGCAGCAGAAAGCCGUGGCGGAAGAGGAGAUGUCCAAACGAAAGGAAGACAUGCUCACCCAGUUCCUCAAGGAUAAACUUCGAAAGGAAGAGCACAACAGUGUGGUGAAUCAGCACAAGCUGACAGAGAGGUGGAGGGCAGUGUUCCGGCAGACUCGAGCACAGGAUCUGCGCAAGGACAUUGAGAUCCUCAGCCAGACAUUUGAGAGGGUGCUGGACCGCAAGGACAGCGUCAUCAAGUGCCUGCUGGGUGACCUCACAGAGUCAAAGCAGCAAUCGGACCUCGUGCUGCGCUCCUACCUGCAGAAUGUGGACCUCCUCCUGGACCUGCAGGGUAGCAGGCUGGCUUUCCACAACCAGGAUAUGAAGACUAAGCUGGAUGAACUCAAAGCUGAGUUCAACACUGAAAGGGAGCAGAUCAUGGCCCUGCACAAGCAGGACUGCAUUUACCUGGAGGACGUGCGCAUCGGCCUGGACCAGCGCUAUGCUGCGUUGGACAGCGAGGCCCAGCGCGAAUACCAGAGCAACCGCGAUGACAUCAAAAACAGGAGCAUCGAGGACCGGAACGCCCUGCGGGUGCAGCGGGAGGGCGAGGUGGAGGAGAUGUGGAGGCAGCUGCAGGAGGCCACGCGUAGCUACCGCGAGUCCACGGAGGAGCACCGCGUGGCCUGCGAGGCGCUGAGGGAGCGCGACGAGCGCAGCUCCCGUGAGAUCGAGGCCCAGAUGAAGCGUCUGCAGAAGAUCCAGGAGUCCUGCGCAGCUCUGAGGGCCAGGAUGAGCACCAUGCAGAGGGAGGGGGAGGCGGCAGCGCGGGACCUGCGAGCCGUGAAGGAAAAGGCCACAGACCGGCGCCUGGAGCUGAAGAAGCAGAUGAGCAGCAUCCACGCCCAGCAGAGGAGCGCCCUCUCCAGGCUCACCGUGCUUAGCGACAAUGCUAACAAGAAGCUCCAGAGCGUCAUCAGCAAGGGUGAGAGGCUGAUCAAGCUGGCAGGAGUGUGCCGUAAGCUGGAGACGGAGAGGGAGAGGGUGCAGCCAUUUCACAGCUGCUCUCUGAGUGCUGAGGAGCAGCAGCUGGUGAAGGAGAACCAGCUGGAGCCUGCCGUCACUGAGCUGGCCCAGGCCAUGCACGACUACGCCGGGCUGGAGGGGAUGUGGCAGCGCUGGGCCAAGGUGGAGCUGGAACGCCUGUGUCUGCAGCGGGAGAAGGUGGCGCUCUCCCAGGAGAACCUGCGUCUGCGGACCCUGCUGCGGCAGUACCUGGACGGGCUGAGCGUGAGCGACGCGGCCCUGCGGCAGGACCACACCCUGCUCCACGUGUCCCGCAGCGUGCACAACCAGCGGCAGAGCCAGCGGCAGCGCCCCGCUCGCCAGCAACAGGCCGCACACGUGCUGCAGCACACGCUCUAG